AUGGCACCGGAAACAAUUCAACGUCAACCGCAUUAUAGUGUUAAAAGUGAUGUUUGGUCAUAUGGUGUAUUAUUAUAUGAAAUUUUUAAUAAUGGUAUUAAACCAUGGCCAAAUUUGGAUGUACGACAAUGUGCAGCAAAUAUUAAACGUGGUAUUAUGCCUGAUAUGCCAGAAAUUACACCAAAAGAAGUAAUUCAUUUGGUGAAUAAAUGCUGGAAAAUAAAUGUUGAAAAACGAUGUGAUUUUAAAUAUAUUACUAAAAAGCUUAAAAAAGUUCAAUCAUCCUAUCAAUUACCGGAAAUUACUAAUUUAACGAUUGCACAAUUGAAAAAUGUUGGAAUAUUAACGGAAGAGAAAGCUGAAACUCAGGAAGAAAAGGAUGAGGAAGAAAUAGAAUCGAUAUCAAAAACAGUAACCGAAAGUGUAAGUACUACCGGACAAUGGAUGAGUGAUUCAACAGUGAAACCUGCGAAUGAG